AUGGCGAGCAACAUCAAGCCGUGCGUGGACCACCCCUCUUUCGUGUCCCACUGGGCGCCCAACCCGUCCACCGAGCGGGGGGACAACCUCGUCUUGGGCACGCACCCGAAGGAGUCCAAGAUCAUCUACCCGAGCGGAAAGUUCAUCGUGGUGAGGGACGUCAAGGAUCCCACCGACGUGUUCGUCUACCGCGGCCAUAACUCCAAGACCACGGUGGCCAAGUUCUCCCCGAACGGGUUCUGGGUGGCCUCUGCGGACAUCACCGGGAAGGUGCGAAUUUGGGCGUGGGACAACCCGGAACACCAGCUCAAGAUCGAAGUCUUCGGCCUGGGGGGCGCUAUCAAAGAUCUCGCAUGGGGGCCGGAGAGCAAGCGGAUCGUGUGCUGCGGGGCGGGCUCCGGGGUGAACGCUCGCGCGUUCAUGUGGGACACCGGGAGCAACCUCGGGGAGGUGGUGGGCCACAGCAAGCGGGUCAUCAGCUGCGACUACAGACAGGUCCGGCCGUACCGCAUCAUGACCGGGAGCGAGGAUCACCGGACGAUCUUUUACCAGGGGCCGCCGUUCAAGAUGGACCACUCCAACAACAACCAGCAUACCAACUUCGUUAACUGCGUGCGGUUCAGCCCCGACGGCAGCAAGAUCGCCACCUGCUCCUCGGACAAGAAGGUGUGGCUGUACGACGGGAAGACGGGAGAGCCGCUGUCCACCCUGGGCGAGGCAGCAGGCGCUCACGCGGGCUCGAUCUACUCGCUAGCCUGGAGCCCGGACUCAUCGUCCGUCGCGACGGCCUCCGCCGACAAGACCGUCCGCCUCUUCGACGCGGCCUCGGGCGCUUGCACGCACACGUGGAGCAUCUCCGACUCCCCGGGGGUCGGGGACAUGCAGGUGGCGGUGGCCUUCUGCGGCGAGCAGCUGGUCUCGGUCUCCCUCAACGGCAACGUCAACAUGCUCGACGCCGGCUCCGAGCGGCCCCGCGACGUGUACCAGGCCCACCAGGGGGCCAUCACCGCGAUGACCCGGAGCCCGGUGUCCGCGGGGGGCGGGGCCGCCGCAGGCAAGAUCUUGACGGGCUCCUUCACGGGGGUGCUGUGCGCGUGGGACCCGGCCACCGGCGGCGCGAAGCGGUGCACGGGAGGCAAGGCCGCCCCGGUCACCGGCGCCGUGCACAGCAACAAGAUCACCGGCAUCGCCGCCUGCUCGGCGGGCGUCGUGUCCGUCGGCUGGGACGACACCUUGCGGCUCGCUCCUCUCGACGGCGAGAGCGGCAGCGGUGGGGGCCCCGUGUUUACCGCGUCUGUCGGGACGACCGGCCAGCCUUGCGGCGUCGCCGCGAACGCGGACUCCGACCUCGUGGCCGUGGCCACCAACCAGGGAGUCACGCUCCUCCGAGGCACCACCCCCGCCGUCGGCCUGUCGGCGACGUACACGCCGUCCUCGAUCGCCAUGGCCCCCGGCGCCGGCGAGAUCGCGGUCGGGUCCAAGGAGGGGAAGAUCUACGUCUACGAGACGGCCGGCGACGAGCUGAGGGAGACCAAGGUCGUGGACGGCCACCGCGGGGAGGUAACCUGCGUCGCGUACUCCCCGGACGGGACCCUCCUCGCCGCCGGGGACGCCGCCCGCGAGGUGACGGUGUGGCGGGCGGGGGGAGACUGGGACGCCGAGGUGCGGGGGCUGUGGCAGUUCCACACGGCGCGCGUGGCGUGCCUGGCGUGGUCGCCGGAGGGAACCUACCUGGCGUCCGGUGGGCUCGACGAGAACGUGUUCGUGUGGAACCCGGCAAAGCCGAGGCGCCGCGUCCACUACACCUUCGCGAACAAGGACGGCGUGGAAGGGCUGGCCUGGCUGUCGGACGGGGUCGUGGCCUCAGCGGGCGGGGACCACUGCGUGGCGACGUGGGACAUCACCAAGGACAUUUCCGUGUUCGACACCUAA